AUGCGCAACGCCCGCUCCACCCCUAUGAUGGGCCUGAUGGGUGCGUAGCGCCGUUACCCGCAUUGCUCCGUCCCGUGAACCUCGCGUUCUGACCACCGCCUCGCGUCGGCAUCGAAUCCACAGCUCUGGCCGUCGCGUCUCCUACGCUUGUCGCAGGCCAGACCAACUCCGAAGUGCGGCCUGUAGUGGGAGAAGUCACCGCCCAAAGUGCUCGGUCGAUGCUGACGCGUGGCUGUGCCUUCGCAGAGCUCGAUGUCCAGAACGCUUCAGGUCAAGUGAGUCUGUCAAACCACACCCGCGCAGUCGCUGUCAGGACGUCAGGAUACCCAUCCGGUUGAUAACUAAUCUCGGAAUUCGGACGUUCUGUGCAGCUCUCUCAACGAUUUUUGCUUGUUUGCUCCUCCGAGGGCCGGCGUUACCAUCGGAGACUCGGAGGCAUAUGAAGUUGCCUAUUGCACAGCGCCAAACCGUGGCACGCGUAGCAUGCCGGCGGUUCGUUCCCAUCUGCUUUCACACGACCGCGUGCUGACCACCGGGACUGACAUGCUCUCUUCACUCUUAUCACGUCACUCCGCCAACAGGGCACGAUUAAAUCGGCUCGUGAGUUUGACGGUGCUCAAGCCACGCCGAGCAAGGGCUGCGAUCCCGAAGAAUAAUGUGCUGAGGACAUUUCAUACUCGUCCACAGACUUCUUGGAGACCCCGCAUUACACCCAGAUCACCGGCACAGGUGACUUCACCAAGAUUGUGAGCAAUGACGGGUACUUUCAUGUCGUAGUGAUGGCGCACUCUUCACUGAACACGGAAUUCUUUGUCUGCAGAACGUACAACGAGGCGACGAGGUACCGUAGCUGACUUCGAUGGCUACUUCGGACCUGAGCUUCAUCUUAACGAUUAUCCUGUUGACCGAUGAUUGCAGGGUGGCGAGUUGGACCCUCAUGGUGCUACGGGUCAAGGAAAUCCCGUCGGCGGGGUCGUCUACUCGGGUGGAACCCAAGUGUAUGAAUGGCACGAAUUUAUCAGUGACACUGAGUUCUGCAUCCGCGUGUGCAAGCCGUCCGUGCCCGAUGCCUGGUUGUGGUGCCAACAUAUCUACGACCUUCAAGGCUGCGGCUGGAACGAUCCUGGACAGUACGGCAGUGGCUUUGAGUGAGUCUUGUACUUGGGCUGACGCGCGUAGAAUCAGGACGCUGUCGUCUGUUGACACAAGGCUGGUCCAUUCUAUGUAGCACUUGCGAAGGUGAUGGAGCUGAUUACCCGCCGGGUAUCUACCCUGUCUCCGGUGGUGGUUUCACCACUUAUGAGCAAGGAGAUGGAUCCACCCCCGCUCCUCCGGCUCACGCUGCGGGCGCCUCAUCGAACUGCGUAGCUCAAAACACGAUCAAUGGCAAUGCCGGGCCAGUCACUCGCGCGAGGUAAACAACGACGGGCUCUCUUGCAUUUCACGUUUGAAUGCGUGUCUUAAUCAUGUCGAUCACGCAUUGGCCCUUCCCAGCUCCGCCAGCCCCGCCGCCAGUUCCGCGGCGUCAGCAUCCGGAUCCGCUUCGGGGUCCUCUGCGGGGUCCGCUUCGGGAUCUAAGGGAUCCACAUCUGCAUCCGGAGUCUCGAGCCAAUCAAACGGAUCCAGUUCCUCAUAUGCACCGUCCUCUAGCCCUAUUUCGUCGACCAGUAAGUUGUGAUUUCAUGUUCGAGCACCUUGUCCUCCGAUCCGGAGCUCCUCGCAAGUCCGUGGCGUAGCCAUCCGCCCGGUGCAAUUUGUUCAGGGGCUUUGAUUUAUGUUUGCGCGGACAGGCGCGGAUACUUUCGCUAGCUGACAGUGCUGUAUCAUUUUUGUCAGGCGCCGUGGUCACAACUCCAGUUACCACAACGGCUGCUUUGUCUACCACGACCACUACGAGCACGACUCUGGCCGUUGUGACCGUGUUCUCGACUGCCAGCACAGCCUCGACUUCGGCCAUUGCCGCGACUUCGUCCGCGGCCGUCCGCACCACUUCCGGUGCAGUCUCGAUGAACCCCAAAGUCCUAUUGGGGGUGGGCGCAUCUAUUCUCAGCGUCUUGUUCACGCUGGCACUUUUUGCUUAG